AUGGGGAAAACUUUCCAAAGCCUCUCUGAAGACCACGUGGCUUGGCUGAAGAAGCAGAAGGUGUUCUUUGUGGCCAGCGCGGCUUCCAAAGGCCACGUCAACCUCUCUCCCAAAGGUUACACUGCGGGCACGUUUGCGAUUCUAUCGCCGACGCAGGUGGCAUACCUAGACUUCACUGGCAGUGGCGCUGAAACCAUUGCGCACUCCUUGCAGAACCGACGCAUCACGGUGAUGUUUGUGGCAUUCGAGGGCGACCCCAUCAUCAUGAGGCUCUUUGGGAACAUGCACGCCAUUCAACGGGAUGCUGUUCCUGCUGACCUUCGUAGUAAGUUUGGCGAGGAGUUCGUGAGCAGUCACGGCUUCCGUGCCGUAAUCGUCAUCGACAUCCAUCGCGUGCAGUCCUCCUGCGGUUUCUCCAUCCCCUUCUACGACUACGUGGGGGAGAGGCCCGUGCUGAUGGAUCACUGGUCGAAAAAAACGCUGGAGGAGGUCGAUGACUAUCGCGUGCUGAAAAACAGUUUCUCCAUCGACCUGCUGCCGUCCAUUGGUCAUCGCAUCUUCAACCCAAAGGCCCCUGUGGUGGCCCCUCGUUUCCGCGCAGGCUUUUGGUUUGGCUUCAAGGAUAUCACCAUGACUGAGCAGUUCAACUCUUGGCUGGAACGUGUGUUGGGGCCGCUGAGCUUUCUCACAACUCGCGACAUCGGCAUGCUGGGCAUCGGAGCCCUCUCCGCUGUGGCAGUGGCCAAGUACUGUGAAGCCCUUCGCAAGGCUUGA